AUGUACGGAAUCGAUAUGAUUGUACAAGAAUGGCAAUCCAACACGGUCAACGAGGCCGAGGUAAGUCGAACUCGUUCCAAGCGGCCGACGACACUUAAUCUUAGCUCGGAUGAUCUCAAUAACAACAGCAGUCGAGCGAAGCGGCUUAAAAACCAACUCGCUGUAACCAUACUGCCAUCGCCUGAAUUUGAGCGUCUUGUUUUAGCCUCACCCGAGUUCGAACACUUUCUUAAAGGUGCCUUAGGGGUCAUCUCGCCCGUGGAGUCGACACUGGUCACGUCCGAAGCUUGUGCAUCACACGAAGCCACUGAUGAACAGAAACAAUUUGUUAAAGGAUUUGAAGAAGCCUUAGAACAGUGCAAGAGACGACACGUUCGCGAUAUGGUACCAGCUCAAAUGUCCGCAUUGAACGUACCUUCUACAAGUGCAACAACAUUGGCAACGCUUACUGCCACCGCCAGACAGGAAUCUGUCGCUAUUCAACACACGAGAAAUGCAGCGCCAUCACAACUAUCAGCCGAACCGCAUAACCUGGACAAGCUAGAUUCGAGCCUGAAGUCAGCGGCCAACUCAACGAUGAACAAUACUGACCUGUCGCUAAUAGCAGAGAACGAUUUGACCGAAGAAGCUAAACUUCAGCGUAAACGCCUUCGAAACCGGCUUGCUGCUUCAAAGUGCCGCAAAAAGAAAUUAGAACGGAUUUUCUUGCUCGAGCAGGAGGUACACGCUCUAAAGAUCGAAAAGAGUGAGUAUUUAAACAAGAUCAACAUUCUGGGCGAUGAAAUAACCCAGUUGCGGCAAAAACUCGCAAUGCAUAACCAAAACAAUCGUUAUACUGAGCUUUAACGAGAGGGUCGUUAAAGGUUAGAGCCUUGCUCGUGACAAACUAGAUGAAACGACGAGGCAUUAUCACCGUGUUUCAUCCUACCUAUUGGAAGAACUUUAACUUGUUUUGUAGCAUAGCAGUACUGUACAGAAUUGUAUUAAAGCUGAUAAAUCAAUUUUCUCUUUGAGUGCAAUCAAAGUUACGUUUAGUUUAUUUUUUAUGGGUGUCCUCUAAUCGGUCAGGUUCAUAAGCCUUAGGAGAUUUACUUUGGACUGCGCGAUAGCGAAAGUCACCGCUGCUAAAGGCGCUGAAAGCCAUUGACAUGCGCUGUGGGGCAAAAUGCAGACAAUGACAUAGAUAAAGGCACUGUGAACAGGGCAUAAAAUCGUUCCCUUCUGCGUACAUAAGCAUUGCUGCCGGUAUACCUAGUGCUCUUUAUAAGAAAGAUGUAUAGAUUAAUGGAUAGGGAUAGAAUUUGUUAUCUUUCAAACAACACGUGGAGUCUCUGUAGUAGACGCAAAAUAUACCGCCUUGAGAUGAUCCCUCGGCUGACAUUUCAGCCUAGCCUCACGUCAACGGUAGAACUUAGUAAGCAAUCAAUCAAGUUCACAGACGAUACGAACGACGAACUUUGAACGAUGAAUUGUUGAGAACAAUUCUUUUUAGGAACUUUUUA